UCAGCUCGACAACAAAUAAAUUGUGACAGGCUACAUGCGACUUUCCAAAUAUUUUACAUCAUAUUGAAGGGUGUUUUUGAGCGUGUGACUAAUAGCCUACGUGACUAUCUGGCGGAAGUUGGUUUGUGGGUGACAACUGUUGGAUGUCCAAGAGAGUGAAUCGCAAUUUAGUCAAAAGUAAAUGUCCUUUUCAAUAGCCUAACAGCCUAUUGAACAGCCUAACUGAAAUUUGUCAAUAUAAUAGGCUACGCCUUACCUGUCAUGGAGGAACGAGUGCGAUAUUGACGACUUGGUCAAAGAGAAAAUAGGCUACUCCAAUGUAAAUGUAAACAGCUACUCUUGAAUAUGGCAGUGAAUGUUCUGGUGGCAGGUGGGCAGUGUGUCGCCAAAUGUAAUCACUUAAAGCUUAAACCUGGUGAAAUUGCUUAUCAUAAAGGAGAUAUCCUUACUAUUGUGGAGACAACGCAGGACAGGGGUAUAUAUAAAGCCUAUAAUAACAAAACGGGAGAUAAAGGGCUGGUUUCUUGUGGUAAUAUGAGGGAGAGAGAGGCUAUCCGCAUAGACUCCUGCCUCAGCCUAAUGCCUUGGUUUCAUGGGAAGAUUUCAGGGCCCCAGGCUGUGAAGAAGUUGAAACCUAGGGAGGAUGGUCUGUUUCUGGUGCGCGAGUCCAUCCGCCACCCGGGUGAUUAUGUCCUGUGCGUCAGCUUUGCUGGGGAGGUCAUUCACUACCGAGUCAUCUACCAGGACAACAAACUGACCAUUGACAAAUCACAGUUCUUCCAUAACCUUAUUGAUAUGAUUGAGUUUUAUUCUAAAAAUACGGGAGCCAUUGCUACCAUUCUGCACAGAGCCAAAGAGAAAGAGGGAAUCAGAUCAGCUGAGUUAGAGCUAUCUAAAACGGGAUGGCUCCUCGAUAUGGACAAGCUCAUCCUAGGAGCAAGCAUUGGAGAGGGAGAGUUUGGGGAAGUGUAUAAAGGGGAGUACAUGGGCCAGCAGGUGGCAGUGAAGAACAUCAAAUGUGAUGUUACAGCUCAAUCUUUUUUGUCAGAAACAGCAGUUAUGACGAAACUCCAGCACAAGAAUUUGGUGAGGUUGUUGGGUGUGAUUUUACAAAAUGGACUCUACAUAGUCACAGAAUUGAUGGACAAGGGCAAUCUUGUGAAUUAUCUACGCACAAGAGGGCGCUCUCAGAUCAGCUCAGGCCAGCUGAUGCGUAUUGCACUUGACGUAUGUGAAGGAAUGGAGUACCUCGAGUCCAAAAAGUUGGUUCACAGGGACCUGGCAGCCCGUAACAUCCUGGUGUCCAAGGACACAGUGGCCAAAGUCAGUGAUUUUGGGCUCACCAAAGGGGACUCAAAGGGCUCCGAGCAGGUGAAGUUACCUGUCAAAUGGACGGCACCAGAGGCUUUGAAGAAAGAGAAAUUUUCCACUCGGUCAGAUGUUUGGAGCUAUGGGAUCUUACUGUGGGAAACAUUUUCCUACGGCCGUCAGCCUUACCCAAAGAUGUCCCUGAAAGAGGUGCGUGAGCGGGUGGAGCAGGGCUACCGGAUGGAGGCCCCUGAGGACUGCCCCCCUGCCCUGUACCAGCUCAUGAGGGGCUGCUGGCAGGACGAGCCGGGGAAGAGGCCCUCGUUCCACAAACUCCGAGAUAAGCUGCAGAAGGAGAUGGACCAGCUGGACCCUCCAUCAGAGUCAUAGACAUGGUGUCAGGUGUGACAUGUGCUGUACUACUACUACUGGAUGCCGUAAUAUAUACUAAUAUAUUUCUUAAUACUUUCUUGACCAUUAUAUUUUCUUUAACCUUUGUACUGAAUCUUUAUGCUGUAUACCGAAUUGAUUGUUGCUGUGCUUUUCUGUUUAUCAUUGUGUAAAUAUAAUUGUGUAAAAUUCUGCUUAUAUUUGUAAAGAGGAUAUGUUCAAAAACAUGUAACAAAGAUAUUACAUAAAAUGUGUAAAGAUGUUGUA